GCACCGCGGCGGGGCGCGCAUGCGCGUUGCGGGGGAGGGGAGCGCUGAUGCAAGAGGCGAGCGCGGCGGUCGCGGGCAACGGCCGGCAGCGUCCCUGAGCCCCGCCGCUCCUCAUCCGAUCACCCGUUCCGUGCCCGGCCGCAGCCAUGUCGGGCGACGAGAUGAUUUUCGAUCCUACUAUGAGCAAGAAGAAGAAGAGGAAGAAGAAGCCGUUUAUGUUGGAUGAGGAAGGAGCAGAUACACAAACAGAAGAGACUCAGCAGUCAGAAACAAAAGAAGUUGAACCAGAGCCAACAGAAGACAAAGAUGUUGAAGCAGAUGAAGAAGACAGCAGGAAGAAAGAUGCAACAGAUGACUUGGAUGAUUUGAACUUCUUCAAUCAAAAGAAAAAGAAGAAGAAGCCAAAGAAGAUAUUUGAUAUAGAUGAAGCAGAAGAAGGUGUAAAGGAAUUAAAAAUUGAGGGAGAUGUGCCAGAGGUGGUAGAACCCGAAGAUGACCUUGACAUCAUGCUGGGCAAUAAGAAGAAAAAGAAAAAGUUUGUGAAGUUUCCAGAUGAAGAUGAAAUACUGGAAAAGGAUGAAGCUUUUGAGGAUGAAGAUAGCAAAAAAGAUGAUGGAAUUUCUUUUAGCCUUCAGUCGGGACCUGCGUGGGCAGGCUCAGAAAGGGACUACACAUAUGAUGAGUUGCUCAAUAGAGUAUUUAACAUCAUGCGGGAAAAAAACCCAGAUAUGGUAGCUGGAGAAAAAAGGAAAUUUGUCAUGAAGCCUCCGCAGGUGGUGAGAGUAGGGACCAAGAAAACAUCCUUUGUCAAUUUUACAGAUAUCUGCAAAUUAUUACAUCGUCAGCCAAAACAUCUCCUGGCAUUUUUGUUGGCAGAAUUGGGUACAAGUGGCUCAAUAGAUGGUAACAACCAGCUUGUAAUCAAAGGAAGAUUCCAGCAAAAACAGAUAGAAAACGUCUUGAGAAGAUAUAUCAAGGAGUAUGUCACCUGUCAUACGUGUCGGUCACCAGACACAAUUCUACAGAAGGACACCAGGUUAUAUUUCUUGCAGUGUGAGACUUGCCACUCCCGCUGCUCCGUCGCCAGCAUCAAAACUGGUUUCCAGGCUGUCACAGGCAAGAGAGCACAGCUCCGUGCCAAAGCUAACUAGUUUGCUAAUCAACACUGGAUUUUGCAAAGUGUUCUGGGGAGAUAUGACUGGACAGGUUUACAAUCGGAAUGGAUUUACUUACCAUUGUAUUAAAACAAAGAUUGUAAAAACUACAAGAAAUUUGGCUUUUGAUUGAUUGGUCUGUGAAAUCCUUGCAAGUUGCAGAUCCUCAAGCUGUUCACAUACAUUUGCUCAUUGAAUAUAUUUUACCAACUGUAAGGAACGUGAUGGGAAAGGAGGUGCUUUUUAAUCCAUUCAGACUUCUGUAAAACACGAGAUAAAUUAAAGAUACUGUAACAGUGAGCGUCUUUGAUUUGGGUUUUUCCUUCAGUUUCUGCUUAAAAGAGUUCCUGGGAAUGGUUGGUGUUCUGUUCUGCAGAUCACAUCACUGAGCUGUGCCCGAGACUUAGAUUGAAGUUUAGGAUUAUUUUGGUUUUAUGUAAUGAGUUGAUCUUUAGGUAGGCUGUCAUUAAGCAGAGAGAUUGGUCGCAGAACAGAGGUGAUGUACCAACAUAAGAACUGGUUGUGCUUUUAUAGCCACUUUAGAAUGGGAACAUAUUGGCAGUGACAUCAGGACAGGUUGAUACUGCUUUAUUAGGCAGACUGUAGCUUGAGCUAGUUCAGACACCAUAUUGAUGCUGAGUCUUAACACAGAAUUGAUAAGCUAUUAUAAGCUUUCAUAGUAUCAUAGUACUAAAUUUUGCAAUUUCUAAUAGAGAAAUGUUUAUAUUAAGUCCUGCACUCUUCAUCACUUUAAGAAAAAAAAAUUAAAUGCAGCAAAAAUAGAAAAGUAGGUGACAUCAUUAUAUGAUGGCUGCAACACACUUCUGGAUAAAUCUUGAAUUUAUGGAACAUACUACCAAGGAGUUUAUAUUCCAAAUUAAUGCAGUGUCACCUCAUGGUUGUAAGUCAUGUACUUCUCUCCACUAGCAGCCAGUAUCAGUAAUUUUGGGGGGAUGCACACAGUGCUGCCCUAACUUGUUUUUUCUAGUGCUGCAGAAAUUUUCUUACAGUUGCCAAGUACAAAGAUGCAAAUGGAAGGUGAGCCCUUUGUGAGUACUGUAUUGGGGGGGAUGGGAAACUAAUAGAAGUUGUUUUCAUUUAACCCAUCUAUAACAUGGUGCAGAGUCAGGCUGAGGUGCAAUAGCUCAGGACUAUUGACUUGCAUCCCUGAGACUUUGCGGAGUUGCUUCCUCCUAUGGGAAAACUGUGGUGGUUGUGAACACAAAGUACCAGAAACUGAAGGGUUUCUACUAAGUUUUAAUCUUUGUACGUAUGUUAAUGCACAGCACAGUUUUGCUGGGAAGUCACUUACUUGCUAUUUGAAAACUUGACAGCACUGUAAGGCAAAAAAUCAAGAUUUUUAUAGUUGGUUUCUUAAAAGCAUUAUGAAUUCCAAGUGAGCUAUAACAAAUGUUGGAUGUAUCUUUAAGUGAAUAAAGCCAGGAUCAGUGCCUCUUGUAA